AGCUGACAUUUUUUCAACUACUUGGAAAGUUGUUGAAUUCAGGUUAUGUGUUCGGCAAAUUAUUGAAAACUUUCAAUCAUAUCGUAAUUUAUAAGCACUUUGGUGCAUGUUUUUAUAUUUGCAAGCUCAAUUCAAUCGGAUUUGAGUGUAUUAGGUUUAUGUAAACUGGAUUGAAGUGGAAAACUCAUAGUCAUCAUGCCUUUCAAGUUGAGUGCGGCUCUUUACGGUCAUUCUUUGGACGUCAGAGCUUUGGCAGUUACUUCAGAUGGACGAAUUAUUUCAGCAUCUAGAGAUAAAACCGCUAAAGUUUGGAAACCAAAUUUGCAUAAUGCUGGUUUCUGUGAAGAACAAACUUUGAAAGGCCAUUCAAAGUUUGUGAGUAGUGUGUGUGUUUUGCCAGCCUCUGAAAUUCUGCCGGGCGGGCUCAUUUUGACUGGAAGUAAUGAUAACACAAUUUGUGCGUACAGAAAUGGAGAUACAGAGCCUGCAUUCAGGUUGACGGGUCAUACAAAUGCUGUAUGCUGCCUAUCAGCGAGUAGCAACCCGAAAACACCUUCGAUUGUGCUCUCCUCGUCUUGGGACCAGACGGCGAAGGUGUGGUGUGUUGGAGGGGGUGGUGGAGGGGAGGCCCUGCUCAACCUGACCGGCCACGAGGCAGCUGUGUGGUCGGUCAUCCAACUGAGUGGCGGCCAUAUUGUCACCGCCUCAGCUGACAAGACUAUCAGGACCUACACGGCCGAAGGACGGCAUCAGGCUACUAUUACAGGUCAUACGGACUGUGUGAGAGAUCUGGCUGUUCUUCAAAGUCCGACUGAAUUUCUGUCAUGUGCCAACGAUGCAACCAUCAGAAAAUGGAAUGUGCUGACUGGUGAAUGUCUUGACAUUUGGUAUGGACAUCCGCAUUACAUUUACAGUAUGAGUGCCCUGGCGAGCGGCCUAGUGGUAUCGGGAGGGGAGGACAGAUCAGUGUUUGUGUGGAACAGUUGUGGGGGUGGCAGUAAGGAGACCAUAACUCUGCCGGCUCAGAGUGUGUGGGCAGUCGCACUUCUGCCUAAUGGGGAUGUCGUCACUGGAUCAAGCGACGGUGUUGUGAGGGUAUUCAGCUGUGAUGAGAGCAGACAGGCGGAUGCAGUGGCUCUGGCUCAAUACGAGGAGGAGAUAGCUGCGUUGACCAGAGCUGCCAGUCAGGAGGUUGGCGGGGUCAAGGUGUCUGAAUUGCCAGGCAAGGAAGCCCUGCUGGCAGCUGGCAGUUCGGACGGGCAGACCAAGCUGGUGCAGGAGUCGGGUGUGGCGGUGGUCUACAGCUGGUCGGCAGAGAAGCAACAGUGGCAGAAGGUCGGAACUGCCAUGGGAUCUGUCACCGACUCGAACAGUGCAUCGGAGACUGGCCGCACCACUUACAAUGGCAAGGAAUACGACUAUGUGUUCAGCGUGGACAUAGAGGACGGCAAACCGCCUCUGAAACUGCCCUACAACGACGGGGAGGACCCUUGGCACGCGGCACAGCAGUUCAUUCACACCAACAACCUGAAUCAGCAGUUUCUGGAGCAGAUCGCCAACUUCAUUAUCACCAACAGCAAGAAGCAGGAGCCUGUUGUGCUCAGUCAGGCCGGGUCUGGUGCCGCCUACUGCGAUCCUUUCACUGGUGGUGCAAGGUACAUACCAGAAGGCGUUAGUGCUGCUCCAGCCCCACAGCAACAUUUAAGCAAUGGCGGCACAAGUAAAACAGAUUCAGUACCCACUCUAUUUCCACAAACUUCAUAUCUCAAAUUUGAUGCCGGUAAUUUAGAACUAAUCAAAGAAAAACUUUUAGAAUUCAACAAAGAUCCGUCAAGGAGUGUUGAUAACGAAAGUCUAGUAUCACUAUUAAGAUUAGCCGAAAGCGAUAUAGAGCCAACGAAUGCGGCUUUAGAUACGCUACAGAAAUUGCUGGAAUGGCCUGACACCUUCCUGUUCCCAGUCCUGGACGUACUGCGUAUGUGUUUACGUCACGCGCACACCAACACUGCGCUAUGCGCGUCCAAUUCGCCGCGUUGUGCGCACAUCAUGGCCAUUCUGCAGAGUCAGCUGGAAUCUAGUACGCAGGCGCCAGCCGCCAACCGCAUGCUAGCUUUGCGCUGUGUCAGCAACAUGAUGACGUCAUCCUCCGGCGAAGCGGCUGUCAGCCAGUGCAAGCAGAAGCUGUUACAAGUUAUGGCCCACAUUGUUGGCACGCUCACGGCCGGCGAUAACAACAAGAACUCGCAUCUGCAGGUAAAGGGGCGUUUACACUACGAUCAGCUGAUCAACAGCUGUUUGGACGCGGUGACCUUGGACCUGUUGAUGGGUCUCUCGUCGAAGGACGGUGACAGUGGUCAGGUGGGCAAGGUGGCGCUAUGCAGUCGACAGAUUGUCGAAGCCUUUGCCUGGAAGUGAGCAACCACUCAACUUUGGUUGCAAACCAUUUGAUGAGCCAAACAGCAAGCUACAACGGACAUCAAUUCGAAUUUUGUAUCAGAUACGUAAUUCAUUUUCAAGC